AUGCAAGGAUGCAACCAACAUUCAGAUCCAUGGUUUCUCAGACGCAAGGAGGCGUAUGGAGCCUGCGUUUAUCUUAGGAUCACUGACGCAAGGAAUCAAGUUUUUGCGCGACUACUGUCUCGCAUCGCUCCUCUAAAAACAAUUACUCUACCGCGAUUGGAGGGAUGCGGAGCACUACUGCUGGCACAAUUAGUGGACAAGAUAUUGAGGGCCAUACGUUUCAAACCGAAGGCGAUAUACUAUUGGACGAGCUUCAUGAUAGUGAUACACUGGAUGAAAGCUAAAGAAAAGAGUUGGAAUGUUUUCGUCACUAACAGGCUUAGUGAAAUCCAUCGACUAUCACAAGCAGACAGUUGGUUUCAUGUUGUUACAGAGUGCAACCCGGCUGAUUAUAUAUCUAGAGGCUCUCUUCUACCUUAA